CUAUAUUAGCUUGCUAUAAUCUAUCUAUCUACCCCUCUCUCUGGUGUAUGUGUAUAUAUCAUUUUUACAGCUAGUUAUCUGAUCGGUUUUUUGAUUGUAAUACAACGCGGAGAACAGACUAUUAAUGCAGACAUAUCUGGUAGAGCCCCUUCACAAUACGGAGCCCGGGGAACCUUCGAAACCAAAUACUGUGAGAUCCUUAGGUUCGCGCUUCCCUGCGAGGAGCAAUUGCAAUUCCAGGAACGCUGGAUGAAAGAAGGGGAUUAUUCCCAGAGGGAAAGAGGGGCCUCCUGCAUUUGUUUUCCUAAGGAUCGCCGCAUGCUCUUCAAGAGGAAUCUUCUGAAAAAUUCAUUGUGACAUUUGUAUCACCUCAGGCACUGGUAGAGAAAUCGCCUCACUGGACUUACCUAUGAAGGGAAGCUGAAAUGCCUCUGAUGCCAGUUAUACAGAUCACCACUGAUUGAUUAGUGUCACAACCAGAUUUCCUUUCUGCUAAAGAGAUCCGGAUAGUAACGCUCAUCUUAUUUCUAUUCUCGAUUUUAAGAUAGAAGCUGGGAUCUGAUUCCAGUGGAACCCCCACCCUAACAAAAUAUAUAUAUAUAAAAAAUUCUGGGUAACAGCGUCAAAGCCAAGAAGAUGCCGGCUAAGACCCCUAUCUACUUGAAAACCUCCACCCCAAAGCGGGGCAAGAAACUGAAGUUGCGGGACGUCCUGUCCGGGGAUAUGAUCAGCCCCCCUCUGGGUGAUUUCCGUCACAGUGCCCACGUGGGGCCGGCAGGGGAGGGGGACAUGUUCGGGGACGUGAGCUUCAUGCAGGGCAAGCUGGAUCUGCUUCCGGAGACGGGCAGGAGGGCCAGCGAGGAGGAAGCCCAGGGCAGGACCCUCAGAGAUGGGUUCCCCGUCGGAAAAAAGAACCCCAGAGGCUCCCUGCUGAAGAACGCCGUCUCCCUGCCCGCCUUCGGACAGGAGCUGCCUCCGCCCAAGCCUCCCAGGCUGCUCCUGGACGAUUGCCCGGGCCAGAGGUCCAUGUCGGUGAGCCACUCUGCAGAGACCGGAGGGUGUGAAGGCCAUUUCCGCGAUGACGACGAGCUGAGUUACUCCGCCUCCAUUCCGGAUGGUUUCGGGCACCUGCUGGCUUCCUCUGGCUCGCUCUCCGAGGGUUCCUCUGAUGGCUCCGAGGGGAUGGGGGAAGGCUGCUCCUGCUACCGGCCCCUAGACCCCAUGACCGGGCUGAGUCUCGACUCGGAUGCAGGCCUCAGCAACGAGGACCUGCUGAACAAGAUUAGAGAACCUGCCAGCGUUCCCAAGUCAGAGUCGCUCCUCGGAAUGGAUCUGGACCUGGGACCCUCCAUCCUGGAAGACGUCCUGAGGAUUAUGGAUGCCUAUAAGAUGCAGGACGGGCACUGGGAGCUGUAGACUGGACCUGCAAACCUCCAUUUGGGGGUUAUUAAAAUUGUCUUGACUUUUUUUAGCUUGACGGACUCAGUGUGUUCAAUCACAAGUUAUUUAUAACAAAACAAAGCCUCUAAUAGUUUUCUGUUGAAUAUUUUAUAAAAGUGUAUUUAUUAAGGGUGAUUUUUGCUGCCUGCAGUUUGCUCACAUCUCCUGUAGGGGCAUCCAAGUCGCUUCUAGUGACAUCUAGUGGUGGAAACAGGGAAGAACAGGACAAAUCAUGCUGCCUGACCAGACCAAUAAGUAAACUGUGUGCUUCAACAGCUUGAGAUUUGAAUUUGAGUUGAAGUCGGGGACUAUUUGCCAACAGUUGGCUGCAGAAAAAAAUAACGACAAAAUUGAAAAAAAAAAAAAAAAAAAAAAAAUGAUCACUUGAUUUCUUUUUAUAUGAAGGGAUUAUCUCUGCGUGCUUCUGCUUUGAAGAGAGGACGGUGUGACGAGAGAUUUUUACCUGGAUUUAAAAACUGAGUCUCAUUUGGGCAGUGAAACCAAAAAUUCAAAAUCUGCGAACCUGAAAACAAAACCUUUUUUGUGUGCAUUUUUUUUUCAGCUUGAAAAUAGACGCUGUUUUGUCUGUAUAAUAUAGUAAAUGACUGCUGUCUCUAUUUUUCUAAUGUUAGAAGGUCGCUUUAUCUGAGUUGUGACAGCUUUAUAUCCUGCUUCAUUGUCUUGUAUUGUAAAAUAUUGUACUGGAUGCAUUUCACCUGAAUGUGAGCGAGAGGCUAAUAUUAACUUGGUUUCAUAAGAUAAAAUAAAAAAUAAAAAAAAAAGA